AAAAGAGCCAACUUAGUGUUCAGAUGUGAGCUUUUCCGGCCCACCUAGGUAUCUUACCAGCAAGCACUCUCACACCCGUUUUGCCUUUUAAGAUCCGAUGCUGCAGAACGCCACCGAGGAACCAUUUUCAAUUGGGGCGCUGAGAGUUGAUAGUGGGUAAGAUUACGCAGCCUUAGCACCUUUUCAACAACGACUUGAAGGAAAAGGGGAUGCGAUGGAGUGACGGUCAAUAGGUAUGGAAAUCCGAACCCUCAUCUGUCACCUCUCUCCCUAUCCCAGCUUUCAUGUGUCUGGACCCGGUCUACUGCUGUUCUGCCGCUGAUCCGAACCGGCGUCUGAAUUCGUCGGAUACACGCGUAAACAUGGCCCCGAAUCGCGUCACCCGCAACCUGGAACUUACCAGGGGAUUGUCGUGAAAAUGGAGAAAUUGGUGAUGGCGUUUGUGAACGUUGGGGUCUUGGUUUCUAACCCCCCCCUGAAAUUGAACGGUUCUGAGAGAUAAGGUGGACGCUACCCGACGUUUAGCGUGUUGCAGACAGGUUGAUCUCUGGCAAUGAUUUGUCCCAUGUUUCCAUCUGCGACCUUGAAAAUCCUGAGAAUCCCGUCCUACGCUGCAAACGGAGAGACAGUGACGGGAUGGAAACAAAUAUGGAAUUGAAGACAACAAGCCAGCUGUUUCUCGUAUAUGUGCUCACAGUCAGAAUCAGAGGCUCAUCAGGACUGGCAAGCAUCGGGGGUUUACCUCAGCCCAGGGAGUUGAAGAAACAGGGGCCCUUCACGGGCCCCAGGCCAAGGAGCGAGGACCCUGCCGAACAAACAAGGGGGGAGGAAAAAGCUGGCUGACCGCUGCCGAAAAAGUCUUGGCUUCACAAUGUCCACUCUGGCCAAAUCCUCAACAACAAUUGUUUGAUAAUUUCGAACAAACUCGACAUCCACCGCCCCUCAAGCAUACCUAUGAAUCCCAAUCCCGCUCCUUCAUCUGCACCGACGACCAAACCCCGCAGCGUCGCCCCGCGUGGAUCGAGGCGCGCACAGAGCGUCCAGAGGGAGUGACGAGAGAGACGACAGUCUUACAGCACCACCACAUCACUGGAUCUGCCGUUUCGGUGGGCGGUACAGCAGACGCCUCGUCGUUUAUUCGGCUGCAACUGCGAGUUUCACCAGCUGCAAUCGCAAUCAAGACUGGAAUAAAUCCCCCCCACAAAUCGAAAGCUUGGUGAGGUGGCUCCCGUCCCUCCCAUUCAACCACCCAAUCGCCAGCGCCCCAUCCCCGUACGACGUUGAAGAAAAACCCACAAACUGGCGUCCUCCCAGAACGGCGGAGCGUCGUCGUCGUCGUUCAGCGACCGACCGGUACGGUCCCAUCACCGAAGACGCUCAUCCGCCGCCGGACCCAGUCCAGGUAGUCUGCGAUUGGACAACCGACGCUCUCCUUCGGCCUAUUUGACCGUCCAGCCUCAGCAUCAGCCUCAGGGACCUCUCUCGCCGAUUCCAGGCACACCCAGUUUUCCGAUGUCCUUGUCUCGCAGUCCAUCUCCCGUACCUGGCGGCGGUUGGGCCAGCCCAGGUCUCAACAUCGGCAGCGGUCGAUCGAGUCCAACCAGAGGAUACACAGGGGGGUCGAGCAGCGCAACGCCUGUCAUGUGGGAAUCAUCAAGACUAAAAAAGGCUGGCGGGUCCGGGUACCCUUCCUUUGCGACGCAGAACUCGGGCUUCCUGUCAAAACACAUGCGCAAGAUAUCGAGCAGCCUCCCCCGUUUCAACAGCUCCAGCAGCUCGCCCUAUUCCGAGAAAGAGAAGCUUGGCCGUGGUAGAUGGUCGACUCAAAACGUACCGUUGCUGGGAAGAUUACGGGCUCUCAUAGGACGCAUGGGCCGGAAGAUGAAGAUUCGGCUACUCAUUUUGCUUAUGCUUUUAUUUUGCAUCAUCGUAUUUUACAAUACUCCUUUGGUAUAUCACUGGAGAAGAACGUCAUGGCUUGGCGGCGGUCAAAAGUUUGUCAUCAUAUUGGCUGCCAACGUUGGUGGCGGUGUCAUGGAGUGGAAGGGAGCACGAGAAUGGGCGAUUGAGCGAGACUCGGUUAGGAACAAAAAGAAAUACGUGGGCAGAUGGGGAUACGAUCUGGAGAUUGUCGACAUGAGCACCAAGAAACGGUAUGCCCACGAAUGGCGCGAGAGUUGGGAGAAGGUGGAUUUCAUUCGCACAGCGCUCAGAAAGUACCCCAAGGCCGAAUGGAUCUGGUGGCUUGAUCUGAACACCUUCAUCAUGGAACCAAGCUAUUCACUCCAGGACCACAUCUUCGACAACCUUCACAAGCAUGUCUACCGUGACAUCAACGAAUACAACCCGCUCAACAUCACACACCCGAUGACGGACGAGUACCUCGACGCUGAUUCGCGAAGCCCCGUGGGUGAUGGCAACGUCAACUCGGUGAACUUGAUCCUGCCCCAGGACUGCUCUGGAUUCAACCUUGGCUCCUUCUUUGUUCGCCGGAGCCCGUGGACUGACCGGUUGCUGGAUGUCUGGUGGGAUCCUGUGGCAUACGAACAGAGGCACAUGGAGUGGGAGCAUAAGGAGCAGGAUGCGCUGGAGCAGCUGUACACUACUCAGCCCUGGAUCCGGAAGCACACUGGUUUCCUUCCGCAGCGCAUGAUCAACAGCUUCCCACCAGGGGCGUGCUCAGAGAACGGCAACGACACCCGGAUCCACUACGAUCAAAAGGACCGGGACUUUUUGGUCAACAUGGCUGGUUGUGAAUGGGGCCGCGACUGCUGGGGAGAAAUGUACAAUUACCGUGAGCUCAGCUACUGGCUCAACCGAAACCCCUGGGAGCUCUUCAAGGAGGAGUUUGUGGCUGUCAUUUGGUUCAAACUCACGGGCCAAAAGGUCAAACUUUAAGAAGGCUGGUUUGGAAGACUUUCUACGAAGACACGAUCACGAUAUUCAGGAUCUACGAGCUUCCGUUUCUACAUUUGUCCCUUGCCGAAUUAUUGACGAGCAAAGGGACGUUACAUAAUCUUUUGGCCAAUAGAAGCAAGAGGGGUAUUUGUCCCUUCUCUGCGCUGUUUUUAGUAUAUUCACAUCAUCCUUGUUUUGCAUAGCCGUCGCAACACUUGAAAGGAGAUUACAGGCACGCAUCUCUUCUUCAAUGUUACUUUUUUGUUUUCUCACUUACGAGGGAGAUGUUCGCAUUUAAGCGGCUGUGCCAGGCAACAGUGUUUCGGCCCAUUUUUUUUCCCUGUGCAAGCUCAUCUGUCCCACGCGGUGCCGUAUUGCUUGUGACGGAGGAGGCCA